AUGCAGUCCUUCAGAGAGCGCAGCACUGGUUACCACAGCAACCAGACUUGCUACCAGCAGGAGCCCCAUGAAUUAUCCCGUCUCGACACAUACCGCCAGCACCCGCAGCAUCCGCACACUGGCCCAGGACCACACCCAGGGCAAUGCAGACCCGGAUAUGACCCCCAUCCUCUGACCAGUCCCUCCAGCAUGACCCCAGCUGGAGGUGGGACCAAGGACUGUUACAAUCAACAAGCCUUUGCCAGUUUCCCUGGAAACAAUGGAGGCAAUGGCAAUGGGAACGGGGUCCCUGCUAAGAAGUCUUACAGAGGAGGAAGUAAAGCACCCACUCAGACCUCUGGGAAUCAUUUGCAGGGUCCAGCUGGCUACAACCACAUGGGCCCAGGAAGCUACUCAGCACAGUAUUUAAGUGAGGGUCACAUACAACAGAAGUGGGACGACCCGUCACAGUUAUCACAGUAUGAACAGGAUGUAGUGGCCCGCAUGGAGGCAAGUACCCCCACUCCUGGCUCUUCGCAGUACAUGGACCAGACCCUGUUAGGCCAAACUCAGUGCCAUCAGCCCACGACCCCGGCCUAUACAAGUCCACAUCACCCCAACCCUCCGCCCUCACCACUCAUGUACCCUCAGAGUCACCUGCACUAUCCCCAGCAGUCCCCGUCUCCAUACAUGGACAAGUGCAGUACUCUGCCUCACUGCUAUAAAGGGUACAACAUGCCCCCAAAUGCGCAGUACAGCAGACAAAUGGGAAGCCACAGCAGCUUGAAGCAAGGCCAAUACAGGCAGAGUCAGAGCGGUUACAGUUACCAGCAGCCUGCACCAAGGGGCUACGAACCGCAUGCCCCUUUACAGACCCUGACGAGCCCACAGGAGCCUCAUCCAAAAUACCAACAUUAUACUCAGACCCAGCAGAAUUAUUGCCUCACUGAUAUGCCGGUCCGCUCUCCAGACCAAUAUUACCAAACGUGCAGCCCUGCAUCCAGCCAUUCGCCUGCACGCUCUGUCGGGCGUUCUCCCUCAUACAGCUCCACCCCUUCACCACUUAUGCCCAAUCCUGAGUCCUUUCAGUACAGCCAACCAACUAUGACGCCCUCCUCCUCUUCAUCUUCUACCUCUGCCAUGCCAGAGCAGGGGGGCUCCAGUGCCAUGUUAUUGCCCCCACGCUCCCACCCCUCCCCGAAUGUGGCCCACCCAGUUCCUCACAGCUACACCACCACACCUCAGCUACCCACCAUGAAAGAGCGCUUUUCUGAAAAGCUUCUUUCUAAUCCAAGCUUAUGGAGCCUCAAUGCCCUUACCUCUCAAGUGGAGAACAUUUCCAAUAAUGUCCAGCAGUUGUUGCUUUCUGAAGCUUUAGUUGGAAAUAAGAAAAGCGGAAAACGGAGCAGUGGUGGAAGUAACAGCAGCAUAGGCAGUGUCACGCACUCUAAAAAAAGUGAAGAGUAUAAGAAUCCUCUGUAUGCUGAUGGCAGCGGAGUUGGAGGUACCAUACAAGAUCCUUACUCAACAUCCCAGCACCACACACUCCCCGUGGAGCUGCACGAAGCAGGCUAUUCCAGCAGCAGUGACGAGCAACUUGAAAGAAGCUACUACUACUGCAGCCAAGGCAGGAAUCUGGGGACUCAGGUGUACAUAACUUGA